UUAAAGUUAAAAAUGAAGACUUUAUUAGUAGUGCUCGCCUUAGCAGCCCUUGCUCAGGCAUGGACAAAUACUCCAACCAUGAUCAUAACAAGAAUUGCAGAAAAAGAUUUGGAACAGACCGAUCCCAAAGCCCUAUCUAUGGCCAAGGAAAUGCUCAAAGCAAUUGAUGAGUUCUCUGGAGCAGGUGAGAACACUUUUGUUGACGGAUCGGUCUUCAUUAGAGCCCAAGAUGAAGCUGGAUUCUCACUCACUUCUAAAUGGGGGUAUGAAUUUGAGCCUUACUUCGAUGGAGUACCAGAGAAGGACACUGAUGAUCAUGCUAAAUUUAACCUUCUUGAUACCGUUGGAAUGUCGCAAGCUACUGUUGACACUAACUCUAACUCAAGAAUUAAUCCUGCUUUUGGGAAAUCUCUGAGUUUGAGAUAUGUCCUCAACCAGGUAGGAAACAUUCAUCAGCCAAUGAGAAACAUUGUGAGAUACUCUAAUCAGUUCCCUAAUGGAGAUAACUUUGGAAAGGAUCAUAAGAUCUCCAUCGGAGGUUUUAAGACUUUAUUCGAUUACUUCGAAGGUGCUGCUGGUCAAUACAAAGAGUUGAGCUAUCCUCUCACAGAUUUAAAGACUCUUGAUAGCUAUGUAGACAAGCUUAUUGCUGACUAUCCUAAAUCAGAAUUCGGAAGUGCUGUUACAAACAUUGAGAAGAGAACCUGGAGCCAAGAGUCCUAUGACAUAGCUGUUAAGCACGCUUACACUCUUACCAGCAAUGAUGAGGAAGUUAAGGAUGCCAUUAACAGACAACUCGUAUUAGCCGGAUACAGACUUUCUGGAAACGUUGCAUACAUGAUGAGUAAGCAAAAGAUGAACAAAUUCCAAGAGCUUUUUAAGUCAUAG